AUGCAACCCAAAAAAAAUUAUCUUAUUCUUCAAGCAAAUGAUCCAACAAUUAAUGUUAGUUGGGUUAGUUCAAAUAUCCAUCCUUUUAGAAGUGUUUAUUCCACUUUUUCAGACUGCAGUAGGUCAUAUCUUCAUCUAGUUGGAUAUGAAGAAGUAACUGAUUCCAUCAAAGAAAUUACAUCUUGUCCAACAACUUCAUUACCAUUCCCUCCUACUUCAAUUAAAUUUAUUCCUAAAUCAAGUCCAAUUAAUGAUAUGAUAAUAACAUCAGGUGAUAAUCUACGAUUAUUUUGUGUUCCACAAUCAAAUGAUAUUUUUCAAUUAUCAGUGAUUGAUGUAUCUUAUUCAGCAUAUCCAUCAUGUGGGUUUGAUUGGUGUAGAGUCAAUACAGAUCUUGUUUGUACAUGGUAUUUAAAUAAUACUUGUUGUGUAUGGAGCAUUGAAUCUUCUCGAGUUAUUGUCUCAUUUUCAGACCAUAUUACUCAACAAAUUCUUGAUAUGAAAUAUUCACCAUCCAAUCCUGAUUUAUUUAUUACAAGUUGUGUUAACGGACUUAUCCAAAUAACUGAUAUUCGCUCAACUUCUAAUUUUCAACUAUUUCCACAAGGAAAUCAAAAAUUAGAUCUUCUUCAAGUGAGUUGGAAUACUAUUGAUCCUACCAAAAUUGCAACAUUUAAUUCAUUAGGAAACCAACUCUUUAUAAUGGACAUUAGACAACCAACAAAGUUAUAUAACCAAUUACAAUUAGAAACAACAAAUAUUACUUCCAUAGAUUGGUCUCCUAUAUCUUCUUCUGAGAUUUGUCUUGGUACUUUUAAAAAUAUUUUAAUGUGGUCACAAAAUUCUAAAUCAAACAAACAAUGUUGUAAUAAUUUAUUAGAAAUUAAAACAAAAAGUGAGGUAAAUGAUGUUUGUUGGUCAAAAUCAAAUUCCAAUUGGAUAGCAGCGUCAAUUGGAUCUUCAAUUCAUUUUCUUCGUGUGUAUUGA